AUGGACAGUCUUCAAAUCCCAGACAAUUCUUAUGCAGGUCCUUCUCGACACCAUGGCGCUUCGCGUACUGUGUCUGUGUCUGUGCAGCCAUCACCUGUAACCACGUCACAGUCCACGUCACGGAGACAAAGAGCAUCACACCAAGUAGUCUCUUCGCAGCAGCAACUGCAGCAGCAAGCCGAAGAUCAGCCUGCUUAUCGCGACGUUUACUCGCACCCAGCUGCUGUGGCGUAUACUGCAGCCCACCCAAGGCGCACGAUUCCCAAGUUUGGGCCCUAUAUUUUACUUCAAACUGUUGGCGAAGGAGAGUUUGGGAAAGUAAAGCUGGGGCUACACAGUCAAUGGGGGGAAGAAGUCGCUGUCAAGCUUAUACGGCGAGGCAACAUAGACACCUCUGUGCGGAUGUCCAAGGUAGAACGUGAGAUUGAGGUUCUUCGGACCCUCAAGCAUCCCAAUAUCGUUCGGUUAUACGACGUAAUCGAAACGGACAAAUAUAUCGGCAUAAUUCUCGAGUAUGCCUCCGGCGGCGAGCUCUUUGAUCACAUCCUGGCCCAUCGGUAUCUAAAAGAGAAAGAUGCUGCCAAGCUCUUCUCUCAGCUAAUUUCGGGCGUCUGGUAUAUCCACCAAAAGAAGAUCGUUCACCGCGACCUCAAGCUUGAAAAUUUACUUCUCGAUCGCCAUCGUAAUGUCAUUAUCACUGACUUUGGAUUUGCCAAUCGCUUCGAGCAUCGCGCAGAUGACCUCAUGCAGACAAGCUGCGGUUCACCUUGUUAUGCUGCUCCAGAGCUGGUCAUCUCAGAAGGGCUUUAUGUCGGUUCUGCCGUUGACAUCUGGUCCUGUGGCGUCAUAUUGUAUGCCAUGCUCGCAGGAUAUCUUCCUUUUGACGAUGACCCUGCUAACCCUGACGGCGAUAACAUUAAUCUGUUAUACAAAUACAUUGUCAACACACCCCUCUCUUUUCCCGACUAUGUUUCCGCAGAAGCUAGAGAUCUCCUCUCCAUGAUGCUGGUGCCUGAUCCCACACGGCGUGCUGAUCUGCGGUCCAUCAUGGCACAUCCAUGGCUAUCAACGUACUCCUACCUCUUCGAGAAGACCGUGGAUGACCUUGAGCACGUUGCAAUGGAACAGCACCAGCAGAGGAGACUGGCAUACCAAAGGCAGAUGAGGCAGGCCGCGGCCGCGGCUGCAGCCAAAGAUCCUACCAAGGUGUCACGGACGCAGAGCGCACGGGUUGAAGGCAUCCUAAACAGUGCUGCCACCUCGGCACCACCGCCAAGGAGCCACUCAUACAGAGACCACCCUCCUGGCCAGCCGGAGCUGAUUUAUGACAGUUCAGUAGACCAAUCCAUUUACUCCUCGUCUUCUCCCGCCAAUGCCGUUCCCGCUUCCCGGAAAGGCACAGUUUCUGCUAUCGUUAUGCCGAAGACAGUACAAUCGUCCAAUGAUGAUGAUCCCUUCGCACCGUCUUCGCACGCUGUUCAUAUUCCUGUUACCAUUUCCAAGCCUGAUGAAACCCCGCCGGCUGGAAGGAGUAGUAGAGAAGGCAGCUCUCAAGGAGCUCUAUCUUCACGUAACGGUCCUCCGUCAUUUGUUCAACCAGACUCCGCAAAGAAGAAAGGCACAAUUGAUAGACAUACAAUUCAGGUUGAGUAUGCCGACCACAGUGCUCCAGUGCCGGAGCUUGCUCCAAACUUCAGUCACUCUAUCACCAAGAAAGACAGCUCUCAGACGGGUACCUCGGAUCGCGUCAUUUCCACCCAAAAUAUCAGUACUCCUGCAAAGCAAAAGUCCAGUCGCGACUCUUCCUUCAAUACAAGUCCAAGACCACUUCCCGCUCCUCCUGCUGCCAAUACUCCUUCCUCACGAAACCAACCAUCUCAGCUGUCUUCCUCGACCUUACGCGCUGCGCAAAACCGGACACCCACCGUCUCGGUUUCUCCAGCGAGUCCUCCCAUGUCUACGGAAGACAAGUCGUUUCGGUCUGUCAACACAGGCAAUGGUACCAACUCAACGGGCUCUGCCUCUAGUCGCCACCGGAAAGGUCUCUCUAUCGACAAGUUUGGUUUGGGCAAGAUUUUUGGUACAAAUGGAGAGCAAUCUGCAGCCAAUGGAUCCACAUCCCGUGUGCCAUCGGAGAGCUCUGCCGCUGGGGCAUCCUCUAUCGUAGAGGAGAAGAGAGGUUCAACGCAGAACAGCUUUAGCGAUGUUCCAGUCUCUCAGUCCAAGUCUUCGCUCCUCAGCCCAGGGGGAUCCAACAACAUCACUGAUGCUGAGGCAAGCAAAAAGAAUCGGCGGAAUACUCUUACCGUUAUGGUCGAGCCCUUCAGUCGCUCAAUCAAAUCACUCUCGAAGAAGACGCCAACUGGUGACACGCCGGUCAAGGACGACGAGAGGAGCGUUCCUCCGUCUGCUGUUGCCUCUCCCCAGAAGCAAACUGCUGUGUUCCCCACCUUGGGCAAGAUGCAGGACGGACCCACUGGCGAUAUGGCAGCUUCAACGACGAAGGCACGGAACGUUAUGCAAUGGUUCCGGAGGAAGAGUACUAGGGCUGGCAGGGACGCGCCAGACGAUUCCCCUGAAAUGUCUGCCUCUCGCAGGACAGAGUAUCCUUCGCCAAGUCCUGCCUCAAGAGUGGAGAUCAGAAAUGCAGAUCUAUCCAGAUCACAAGACGCCUCCUUCUCCUUCAGCAAAGCCGGACGCAUGUUCUCGUCUUCGUCGUCACCAAAAGAUGUUUUGCGUAUUCACCAUGGCGCUGUCGACCAGACCACUAUCACGACCAGGCCUCCUCCCGAAGUUAUCAAACACGUAUGCCAGGUGCUCGAGGGGAUGGGCAUUGAGCUCAAAUCGGAGAGCGAAUACAAGUACCGCUGUAUUCGUGCCAAGAGGAAAAAGAGUAGUGCUAUUGGCUUGGGAUUCAGUGGAAGCGGUAAUGGGUUGGCUGCGUUCACGAUAGUUGGGUCUGCAGCAUCCAAUGGGGUUGACAAGCGCGGAUUGCCUGUGCCAUCGACUUCAUCGUCAGCGGGAGGGAUGCUCAAAGGUUUGCUUAUGCGCAGGCAGUCUUCCCAGGUAUCAGGCGUGGCGCCAUCCCAAGCUUCAAUGGACGAUGACACUGGUGCCAUGGCUUCAUCGCCGGUCGACUCACAGUUGGGUACCCACGAGGCAAUUUAUGGUGACACUAGUCAAGACGCAGGGGAUGAAGUUCGCUUCUCGAUCGAAUUGACACGCAUAGAUCGUUUGAAAGACACGUACAGCCUUGAUAUUCGUCGCUUGAAAGGUAAUCUUAGGAGCUACAAGUUCUUGUAUGACACUAUCAGAGAGUGCGUUCCGUCGCUUUAG